AGCACAGCACACAAGUUCAAGUAACGUACCCAGUCAGUGUGCGUUUGUCUUCCUCCAAGUCACCUGUUCUUCCAGCAAUGGCCCUCUUGAAAUCCAGCAAGAUUUUGACUAAUGUCGGGGCUCAGGCCCCUGUUUUAGCAGUCUUACAGCUCCGUGCAAGCUCAUGGUGGACUGAGGUACAGAUGGGACCCCCUGAUCCCAUCCUGGGUGUCACGGAGGCGUUCAAGCGUGACACCAACCCCAAAAAGAUGAACCUUGGAGUGGGAGCUUAUAGAGACGAUCAGGGCAAGCCGUAUGUCCUCAACUGUGUUCGAAAGGCUGAGGCCGAGAUUGCUGCUAAGAAGUUGGAUAAAGAGUACCUUGGUAUUGGAGGGUUGGCAGACUUUUCAAAGGCCUGCGCUCAGCUGGCUCUUGGACCUGAUAAUGAAGUCUUAAAGAGCGGAAGAAGCAUCACUGUCCAGACGAUCUCGGGAACUGGAUCUCUGCGUAUUGGUGCUAACUUUUUGUCACGAUUCCAUAACGCAUCCCGGGACGUGUACCUGCCUAAACCCUCCUGGGGAAACCACACCCCUAUCUUCAGAGAUGCGGGCAUGCAGCUAAAUGCUUACACCUACUAUGACCCUAAAACCAUUGGCUUUGACCUUAAAGGAGCCUUGGAUGAUAUUUCAAAAAUCCCUGAGAAGAGUGUGAUUGUUCUGCAUGCGUGCGCUCAUAAUCCCACCGGAGUGGACCCAAGGCCUGAGCAGUGGAAAGAGAUGGCUGCUCUGAUCAAGAAAAGAAAUCUCCUGGUGUUCUUUGACAUGGCUUACCAAGGAUUUGCCAGUGGUGACAUCGAUCGUGACGCUUGGGCUGUGCGGUAUUUCAUUGAGCAGGGGCACAACAUUCUUCUGUCCCAGUCUUUUGCAAAGAACAUGGGCCUUUAUGGUGAGCGUGUAGGGGGCUUCACGGUGGUGUGUAAGGAUGCUGAAGAGGCGAAGCGUGUGGAAUCCCAGCUGAAAAUUCUCAUUCGACCCAUCUACUCCAACCCACCCAUGAAUGGAGCUCGCAUCGCCUCCACUAUCCUCAACACACCCGAACUCUACAAAGAAUGGCUCGCGGAGGUGAAAGACAUGGCCGACCGUAUCAUUAGGAUGAGAGAGAUGCUUGUUUCAAACAUUAAGAAGGAGGGCUCCACUCACAACUGGCAGCAUGUCACUGACCAGAUCGGAAUGUUCUGCUUCACGGGACUCAAACCGGAGCAGGUGGAGCGUCUGAUUAAAGAAUUCUCUAUAUACAUGACAAAAGAUGGCCGGAUCUCCGUUGCUGGUGUGACGUCUGCAAACGUGGAAUAUCUAGCACACUCCAUCCACGCUGUCACCAAGUGAAGCUGGCAGCAGACAGAGAGCAAGCAAAAUGUAAUUUAGAUGAAAUAAAGUCCUUUGCUGCCUGUCUUAUGGAACAAGAUAUGAAAUAGAACUAUUGUAGACUUCUAGUUCACUUAAUUUGGAAUUAUACAUGAAAAGGGAUAGUUCACCCAAAAAUUAAAGCUCUGUCAUCAAUCACUCACCCUCAUGUUGUUCCAAACACAAGACCUUUGUUCAUCUUUGGAACACAAAUUAAUCUUACGGGUUUGGAAUUAUAUGAAAUUAUUAAUGACAGAAUUUUCAUUUUUGGGUGAACUAUCCCUUUAAUUUAUGACUAUGAAUGUAAGCCCCUGAAUAAAUUAAGGCAGAAUAAUAAAAACAACCUUUAAAGGAUAUCGCUUAUCAGUGCUGGUACAGGAAAUCAUGAUAAGAAUGUUUUUAUGGUCCAAAAUAUGCUGAUAUAUCAAUUAACAACAUGUUUGAAGUUAGAGAAAUAGCUGAAAGGAGUAAACAAUUUCAUGUUUGGACAUUAAUUGUAAAAUCUUUUUAGGACUAAGUCUUUAUUGUGGCAAUAACUAGCUAACUGAUGAUUUGGCAAUGAAUGCAUCGAAAGCAGUUACUUGUUCUUCUGAGACACCUUUGUAAUGAUUAGGCACUUACUCUAUAUCGAGGUCUUUCUUCUACUAGUGAAGAAAGAUUACACUACUACACGUGUUCUUGCGGAAUUUAUUAUAAAUUCAUAUUGCUAUUCUGUGUAAUAGUCCGAGAUAUAUCACACAUAAAAAAAUCAUUUCAUAAAUCAUUAGGAAUUCACACAUCCUAGCUGACCAUUAAACUGGAUCUGAUUUGUCCAAAAAUGUUUGUGCAUCUGUAGCAAAAUCGAAUAAGUCAUCCAUUUUAUAAUAAAAACCAGCUUUAAAACAUAUAUUGUAACUUAAUAUUUCAGUGGUUAAAAGCUUUGGGUGUUUAAUCCUGUGUGUGUGAUGUAAACACGCACUUUGUAAGGAUAAUUCUGUUUUGAAAAACUGUUAAAUAUAUAUAAAUAUAUAUAUAUAUAUGUAUAACUGAUUAUUGAGUUGCUAAAGUAAAUUAAGCGAUUUAUGAAAUGUCCGAAGUUCUUCAUCGAAAAUGAAAUGUCACGAGUGACUGCAUGUACAAUAACAAAUUAAUAAAAGUGAG